CCGCGGCCGUCGUGAGGACAAGCGGUAGAAAAUGAAUGAAUGAAUGUUUUGAGACUCAAAUCCUUAAUUCAGCACUGAAAAGGCUGAAUAUGCAGCCCCAAAAAGUGAUUUUAUUCCACCACAGACUAAGUGGACUACCUAAGGAGCAGUUGUCGGGCCUGCAACUACACAAGUCACUUCCGUCUUGAGGAAAGUAACACCAACACAGCUGCAGCUGCAGGUCACUGGCUCACCAGGUCACCAGUAUCUCAGCGGGGAGCAAAUCUAUCCAACUCGUACCCUCUGUGCUAAAAGGGAGCAGCUGUAUGUAGCAAUACAUCACCAGUGACAAUGGUCGUAAACGUCAACACAAAUGUAGAGAAGCGGACGAGGUCGGAGGUUGACGUGCGUGACGUACUUGGAACGUCAGCGAGGCAGCAGAUGUCUUCAUCUCCAUGUUCUAAUGGGACUACAUUCAGAAGCAGUGUGAAGUCGACGUGUGAAGAAGGGAAAAAAAGCCACAGUUAUGCAGCAAGCUGGGCUGUGGCCUCCGUCUUCUUCCUCCUCGUCUGGAAUGGAAGCUGUUGACUUGUUCUCCAGAUGUGCGCCUUGUCUCUUUAAGGAUCCACUGAGAAGUCGCGAUGGGCAGCGGGACAAGCCGCCGGACUAAAGUGGCACCUGCGGGGCUGAGCGAGGCUAACAAGGCGGCCAAAACAACCGCAGCGGUCUCUACGUCCAAACACACGGCCCGAGCCUUCCACCUCCUGAGGAUCCACGCCCGCCGCAGGGCUCCACCAUCGGACUGUCACAGCGCCGGGCACGACUCGGAGCUCUCCGGGGACGACGACGACGUGGACCCCGACUUGGACGCCGUCCUCGCCGGCUACGAGGAGGAGGACAUGGUGGUGGAGGAACGGAAGAGGACUUGUGUGAAGAAGUGUUCCAAAAGGUCCAGAACGUACGGACUGUGUCAUUUCAGUAGCCGGGAGGAGGAUGAGGGUCAGCAGGGGGCGUCCCACUCAGGCCUGAGUGGGGCACAGGGGCCACAUGGCUCCCCGGGAGCAAACAACCAGAGGAGCAAUGAUGCCUUCACUGCCGCACAUAAAGCCUUUUUGACAACAGGACCAAUGCUGGGAGAUGUCCCUCCAUCAUCACAAAAGCAGAUCACUUUAGCCACGCCCGUCAUUCUGUAUGAUGGCUCGGAAGAAGAACUGAUGGACACCAUUGAGAGGGACUUUAGUUGACCUUUCACUGUUUUUGCAUUUAACAUGUAGAGACAACACACUCACUUCAUAUGGAACCAGUCUAGUUUGGUAAAAAAAAACAUUGUCGGGCGUUGCUAUGGAAAUAAGAGUGUUCCAAAGUGAGCAACUUUUAGUUAAUGCUGCCAAUGUGCAAAGGAAGCCAUGUGCUGCUAGCCAUGUUUAUUUAAGGUUUCCUGACCACAUGUAAGGAGCACUUCUCCUUCAAAGCCUUUUGAUGGACCCAAACCGCUUCACUUUCAGCCAUGCAGAUCCGCUGCCACCUAGUGGUGGGAUACCAGCAUGUACUUUAUGUGUGUAUUAAGACAUGAGACAUUGAAAAAGUUACAAUAAAGUUGUAAAAUUAAGAGGUUAAGACCGUCACGUGUAAAUAAAAAUAAGGGAAUACUUUUUAAAAUGCUAAAUAAGCCACAAUAUUAAGAAAAUUGGCAUUUAAAAAUGUGUACAGUUGUAGCAGUAAAAUGUUUAUAUUUUGAAACAAAAAACAAAAGAAGUGGGUGGGCAAGAAUAAAGUUGUAGUAUUGAAAGAAAGUUGUUCUAGAAUGAGAACAGACUUAGACGUAAAGUUGUUGGCACUGUUAAGUGAGGGAAAAUGCUUUUAUUUUUAUGCUAACUUUAUUUUUGUCAGGUAACACAAAACUACUGUUUUGCGGUAGUAUUUUAUUCUUCUUUUCAGCAUUGCCUUAAUACUUUUCUGCAUGCCUCAGGUGUGUUCAACGACUGGUGACUUCCCACCACAAACUUGUGUUGUGUGUUUGACUUUUUCCAAUAGAAAGGUCGAUAAAUGAAAGGUAUAAUAGAAAGGUCAUAUGUGCCAUUUAAUCAUCAUAAUGACAGUUUAAGCAGGUGGAUAGUACAAAAACAUUUAAUGUUUUUUUGUUUCGUUUUUUUUUUACAUUUGUACCACCAACAUAAAUGCAACAUUCUUUAAAUGUUUUACAAUAUGCAUUUAAAAACAUAAGGUAAAAAUUGUAACCAACAACCUUUGAAGUUAAAUAUUUAAAAUGAAUGUAAUUUAAAUAAGAUUAAGGCUAAUAAAACACAUUGUUGUUGGCAUUCA